CCAGUCUCUUACACACAGAUGUGUUUGUGUAGUUCCACAAAAUGUCCAGCAGGAGGUGCAGAUUGACUUCCUGUAAUCUGUGCUUGUAUGAGAGGUGGAUCGGAAUUGCUGUGGUUUGUGUUUCAUACGAACCGAGUUUCGCCCAUAAGUAAGGCACCAGUUCUGUUCGGAGAACAGGGAUUUAGGAUCCAGACUCGUGACUCAAACUGUCUGGGGAGGCUUAUUUUGUCGCCAUGUUUAAUUUGAUGAAGAAAGACAAGGAGCGGGAGGGUAGCAGGAAAGAGAAGAAAGAGAAAAAGGAGAGGAUGUCUGCGGCAGAGUUGCGCAGCCUGGAGGAGAUGAGCAUGCGGCGGGGGUUUUUCAACCUUAAGAGGGAGUCUAAGCGGGAGUCCAGGUACAAAGUGGAGAUCUCCAACCCAAUUCCAAUCAAAGUGGCCAGCAGCAAUGAGUUUUCCCUCACUGACAUUGAGUUGGAUGAUGUCAGCAACCGAAGCAGUGUGGUCCUGGACUACCAGAUAAGCAUUGCCAGCUCCACUGAUGACUUGAAAGGUGAGGGUGGAGGAGGAGGACAGGAUGGACACCGCAGUUCUGUACGGGAUCGUGUGGCUCACUUUGGUUCACUUGCCAAGCAGAACUCCUCACAGGUGGGGCAGAUGAUGAAACGCUUCUCCUUCUCCCAGAGGAGCAAGGAGGAGAGCCCAUCAGAGGGCGCCACUCUGUCUAGACAGAACUCUGCUCCAUCACCGCAGGUAGAGAGCAAAGUUUUCAACAUGCUACGCAAGCACACUCAAAGAGUUCAACCAGAAGUGUCAGACACCAAAAAAGUUUUCAUCCCUGAACUGGUUGACAAGAUUUUUCCUGCACAAUUGGAGCUGCCUACUGUGGUUGCACCAGGUACCCCAGAAACACGGGAGAUGGAACUGCAGAGGCGCAACACCGGUGACUUUGGAUUUUCUUUGCGUCGCACCACUAUGCUAGAUCGCAGCCCUGACGGAACAGUCUACAGGCGCGUGGUCCACUUUGCUGAACCUGGUGCUGGCACCAAGGACCUGGCGCUUGGACUUGUGCCUGGUGACAGGCUGGUGGAGAUAAAUGGUCGGAACGUGGAAAACAAGAGCCGUGACGAAAUAGUUGAGAUGAUCCGUCAGUCAGGAGACACAGUCAGGCUUAAGGUACAGCCCAUCCUGGAGCUGAGCGAGCUGAGCCGCUGCUGGUUGAGGAACAUCGAGGGGCUGCGCAGGGAGGCCAGACAUUUGAAGACAGAGGAGCAGAUUACAGCAGAGCAGGCCUGGUAUCGAUCAGAGAAAGUCUGGCUGGUUCACAAAGAUGGCUUCUCUCUCGCCACUUUGCUAAAAACAGAGUGCGGCUCAGUCCAAGAGGGAAAGGUGAAAAUCAAGCUGGAGCAUGAUGGAACAAUACUGGAUGUGGAUGAAGAUGACAUAGAAAAGGCCAACCCUCCAACAUCUGACCGCUUAGAGGACCUUGCUUCACUGGUCUACCUAAACGAAUCCAGUGUGAUGCACUGCCUGAGGCAGCGCUACGGAGGAAACCUCAUCCAUUCCUUUGCUGGACCCAACAUGCUUAUUAUCAACCCCCUCAGCACACCUUCCAUGUAUUCUGAGAAGGUCAUGCACAUGUUUAAAGGCUGUCGGCGGGAGGACACUGCCCCUCACAUCUACGCUGUGGCCCAGUCAGCCUACCGCAACCUUCUCACCACCCAGCAGGAUCAGUCCAUUGUGCUUCUUGGCAAGUCUGGUAGCGGUAAAACCACCAACUGCCAGCAUCUGGUCCAGUACCUCGUUUCUAUAGCUGGAAGCACGGGCAAGAUCUUCUCUGCUGAGAAGUGGCAGGCAGUCUACACAAUCCUAGAGGCUUUUGGAAACUGCUCCACAACUAUGAACACGAAUGCCAGCCGCUUCUCUCAUGUUGUGUCCCUGGACUUUGAUCAGGCAGGACAGGUGGCUUCUGCCUCCAUCCAGACAAUGCUGCUGGACAAACUGAGGGUGAGCAGAAGACCCGAAGCAGAGUCCACCUUCAACGUGUUUCACUAUGUGUUGGCUGGAGCUGACAGCAGUUUGAGAACUGAUUUGCACCUUAACCAGAUGUAUGAGAGCAGUGAUUUUGGAAUCCACCCACACUCCAAGACUGAGGACAAGCAGCGAGCAUUGCAACAGUUCACCAAGCUGCAGGCUGCAAUGAAAGUGCUGGGCAUCUCUGUGGAGGAACAGAAGGCUCUCUGGCUUAUUCUAGGGGCCAUUUGUCACUUAGGGGCCGCAGGAGCCACAAAUGAUGGAGACGAAGUGUAUUCCUCACUUCCCCCAGGGGUUGAAGGGGACCUUCCGACUUUCCAAAUUAGAUUUUUAACAGGACGCAAGCAGUUUGCCCACCAUGAAUGGGCCCAGAAGGCUGCCUACCUCCUGGGCUGCACCCUUGAUGAACUGUCCUCACUAAUCUUCAAGAAUCAGGCCAGGGGAGUGCAGCCUCUGUUCAGAGGACCCACGGAUGAUAGUGGCCAAGGUGAUAGCUUAGGUUUUAAAUUAACAGCUCUGGAAUGUUUGGAGUCAAUGGCAUCAGGACUGUAUUCAGAGGUCUUCACUGUGGUCAUCUCUCUCAUAAACAGGGCUCUGAAGUCAAGCCAGCACUCUCUCUGCUCCAUUCUGAUUGUGGACACGCCAGGUUUCCAGAACCCUCGCCAGGCUCAGCAGCAAAGAGGAGCUACAUUUGAGGAGCUUUGCCAUAACUACACACAGGAGAGGCUGCAGACACUGUUUCGUGAACGUACCUUUGUCGAGGAGCUGGAAAGAUAUAAGGAGGAAAACAUAGAGCUUGUUUUAGAUGAAGUACAGUCCAGUCCCUCCCUGUCUAUAGCAGCUAUUGAUCAAGCUCCAUCACAAGCUCUGGUUCGUACAUUUUCCAGGAUCGAAGAGGCUCGAGGUCUUUUAUGGCUGAUGGAGGAAGAGGGUGUUAAGCCUGGAGGUUCAGAGGAAAUCAUGUUGGAGAGACUCUUUAGCUACUUCAGUGCUGGUCUGGGAGAAAAAAAAGGAGACAGUCUCUUGCUGCGAGGGGACAAGUCCCACAGUUUCCUUCUGGGUCACAGCCAUGGAACAGACUGGGUGGAGUACAACAUUCAAGGCUGGCUGGGCCAUGCUAAGAACAAUCCUGCAGCCCAGAACGCUGCCACUCUGCUGCAGGACUCUCAGAAGAAGAACAUUAGCGGUCUGUUCCUGAGCCGGUCCAGUGGGGCCACAGUGUUAUCGGGCUCUAUCGCUGGUCUGGAGGGCAGUUCUCAGCUUGCUCUGCGGCGAGCCACCAGCAUGAGAAAAACCUUCACCACAGGUGUUGCUGCUGUCAAGAAAAGGAGUCACUGUAUCCAGGUCAAACUCCAAGUGGAUGCUUUGAUUGACAUGGUGCGUCGUUCCAAGGUUCACUUCGUUCAUUGCCUGCUGCCUAAAAUGGAGGCAGUGGGAGGAAGUGACCCCCGUGUACUGCAUGGAGAGAGCUCUGACUCAGGUCUUAUGACUUUAGAUGUGGGCUUACUGAGAGCCCAGCUCCGAGGAUCUUACCUGUUAGAUGCUCUGCGCAUCUACAGACAAGGUUACCCAGACCACAUGGUGUUCUCAGAGUUCCGCAGACGCUUCGAUGUCCUCGCACCACAUCUGACCAAAAAACAUGGACGCAACUACAUAGUCCUAGACGAGAAAAGAGCAGUGGAGGAGUUGCUGGAGUCCCUGGAGCUGGAGAAGAGUAGCUAUUACUUGGGGCUAAGCAAGGUCUUUUUCCGAGCUGGAACUUUGUCCAGGCUGGAGGAGCAGCGUGAUGUCCAGACCAGGAGGAACAUCACUCUGUUCCAGGCUUCCUGCAGAGGAUAUCUGGCCAGACAAGCAUUCAAAAAAAGAAAGAUCCAAGAUCUUGCCAUCCGGUGCAUCCAGAAGAACAUCAAGAAGAACCGAGGUGUGAAGGACUGGCCAUGGUGGAAGCUCUUCACAACUGUUAGACCUCUGAUAGAGAUGCAGCUCACUGAGGAGCAGAUCAGUGGAAAGGAUGAGGAGAUUCAGCAGCUGAAACAAAAGCUUGAAAGGAUGGAGAAGGAGAGGAACGAGCUGAGGCUCAACAGUGACCGUCUUGAGAGCAGGAUCACAGAGCUGUCCACGGAGCUAGCUGAUGAGAGGAACACUGGGGAGUCGGCUUCCCAGCUGCUGGAGGCCGAGACCUCUGAGAGACUCCGUUUGGAAAAGGACAUGAAGGACGUGCAGACAAAGUAUGAUGGCAUAAAGAAACAGAUGGAGUUCAUGGAGAUGGAGGUCAUGGAGGCUCGGCUCAUCAGGGCUUCUGAAAUCAAUGGAGAGAUGGAUGAUGAUGACACAGGAGGAGAGUGGAGGCUAAAGUAUGAGCGAGCCAUCAGGGAGAUUGAGUUCACCAAGAAAAGACUGCAGCAGGAGUUUGAUGACAAGCUGGAGGUUGAACAGCAGAACAAACGGCAGCUGGAAAGAAAGAUCAGUGACCUGCAGGCUGAUAUUGACGAGUCUCAGCGAAACAUUCAGCAGUUAAAGAAAAAGAAUCAGCGACUGAUAGCUGAACAGCAGGACACUAAGCUUCACCUAGAGGGCCAACAGAGCCGGAACCAUGAUCUGGAGAAAAAGCAGAGGAAGUUUGACAGUGAGCUGAGUGCAGCCCAGGAUGAAGUGCAGAGGGAGAGGAGCUUGAGGGAGAAACUGACCCGUGAAAAGGACAUGCAGAGUGGAGAGGCCUUCAGCCUCAGACAGCAGCUGGAGGACAAGGACCUAGAAUUGCGUGCAGUUAAUUUGAAGCUCGACCAGGUUGAAGCAGAGCUGCAAGAUCUUAACUCCCAAGAAUCCAAGGAUGAAGCAUCACUAGCUAAGAUGAAGAAGCAGCUUCGUGACAUGGAAGCCAAGAUCAAGGACCAGGAGGAGGAGCUGGAUGAGCAAGCUGGCACCAUCCAGAUUUUGGAGCAGGCUAAGCUACGGCUGGAGAUGGAGAUGGAACGUUUGCGUCAGACACAUUUUAAGGAGGUCGAAAGCAAGGAUGAUGAGGUGGAGGAGAUCAGACAGUCAUGCAGUAAGAAGCUAAGGCAAAUUGAGGUCCAGCUUGAAGAAGAGUAUAAUGAAAAGCAGAAGGUGCUGAAGGAGAAGAGAGAACUGGAGGCAAAGCUGCUGUCAGCACAGAGCAAGGUGACAAAUUGUGACAUAGAGACUGAGAAACGCCUGAAGAAGGACUUAAAGAGGACCAAGGCCCUACUGGAUGAUGCCCAGAUCAUGUUAGACCACAUAAAGAGCAAUGCACCCAGCAAGAGAGAGGUCGCCCAGCUGAAAAGUCAGUUGGAAGAGUCUGAGUUCACGUGUGCAGCUGCAGUUAAAGCUCGGAAAUCCAUGGAGGUGGAGAUUGAAGACCUGCAUGUUCAGAUGGAGGAAAUCUCUAAAGCCAAACAGAUGCUGGAAGAACAGCUGAGCCGUCUUCAGAGAGAGAAGAACAACCUUCAUUCCAGGAUGGAGGAGGAUCAGGAGGACCUCAACGAGCUGAUGAAAAAGCACAAGUCUGCCGUGGCCCAGUUGGCUCAGAACUUGACUCAGAUAAAUGACCUGCAGUCUCAGCUGGAGGAGGUCCUCAAGGACAAGCAGGAGGUCCAGGAAAAGAUUCAAAUCCUCCAGAGCCAGCUGGAGUUCCAGGAGCAGUCCAUGGUUGAGAAAUCUCUUGCCAAUCGUCAGGAAGCCAAAAUCCAUGAACUGGAGACCAAGAUGGAGUUUGAAAAGACGCAGGUCAAACGACUGGAGAACCUUGUAGCUCGUCUAAAAGAAAAUGUUGAGAAGCUGACAGAAGAACGAGAUCAGUGCAUCAGCAGUGAGAAUCGUGAGAAGGAACAAAAUAGGCGUUUGCAGAGACAGAUCCGAGAUAUCAAAGAGGAGAUGGGUGAACUUGCUAAGAAAGAAGCAGAGGCAAGCCACAAAAAACAUGAGCUGGAGAUGGAUAUUGAGAGCCUAGAGGCUGCAAAUCAGAGCCUCCAGACAGAUCUUAAGCUGGCCUUCAAAAGGAUAGGUGACCUGCAGGCAGUUAUCGAGGAUGAGAUGGAGAGUGAUGACAACGAAGACCUUAUAAACAGUCAGGGUCAUUCAGACACAGACUCUGAGGUGGAGGAUCAUGUGGAUGGAGUGAAGUCCUGGUUGUCCAAAAAUGAUGAUUCUGCAAAGAAUCUGUCAGAUGAUGGCAGCCCAAAGAGUUUCAGCUCCCCCAGCCAAAUGCGCCUUCGCUCUGACAGAUCUGAUGAUGAGGAAGAGGAAGAAGAAAGGGAGGGAGGUCCAGAGCUGACGCUGGGCUUAUCCCGCUGCAGAUACAGAUAUAGCAGUCAUUUGAAAGAUGAUGAGAAGGAAGAUGUGUCCUAGUCCUCACUGUGCACUCUCUGGAGUGCACUCUCAGUCCAUUAUAAUACACUUUGUUUAGCAUGCAGAAUUGACAACAGUGUUGGACAAUCGUGCACAAUGAAAGUGCAAUGAUUUGCACUAACACAGACACUAUGAGUCAGUGGAGCUGAUGCAGCAGUUCUAUGCUAGUAACUACUUGCUGCUUUAUCCACCAGGGGUUUGGUUUGAAACUUAACUACACACUCUGCAAGAUAAAAUAUGCUUUUUCCAUUCUCUUUAUUCACAGUUCACACCUAAAACACCAAAAUUAUACAGGUCUCCAUACCACAAUGUAUUACUAGAAAGCAUUAGCUAGAAGUGCGUACAUUAUGUAACUGUUUUACAAUUAAUAUUAAGAAAAGCACCAGCCUCUUUUCUUUCUUUCCUUUUUUGAACUAGUGCCAUUUUUAAGAAACAAACAGGUGAACUGUGGUGCUUCCUGUGCUGCUGCACUGUAAAUCCAUGAUGCUUUAAUUAUCAUAUGCUCAUUGUAGUAACAUAAAAAGUUUGUUCUUCAUUGUCCUGCAAAAUGCUCAUAAAUGAUGCAUUCUUCAAAGAACGAGUGCAUCACUCGAAUGCUAAAAGACUUUGUUUUGCUAAUGGUUGACGAGUUUCAAGGUAACAUAAUAUUCCAAAGUUCAUACAAGUUCAAGACCUUUGUUGUGAUUGAAACCUGAUGGCUUUAUUGUUGCAUUUGCCAUUUACAUGGAGUCGGUUUUAACUUUGAUGUAGUUUACUUUUUUAUAGAAUCUAGCUGAUAUUGCACCAUUUCUUUUUUUAAGUUAUUGUUCCUCCAGAACUAAUCAACAUGCAUGUCUUUAAAACAUGUUAAAAUGCCUGCUUUAAAACAACAGUUUUUUUUCAAGGACUUGUUUUUUGUUUUUACCUAAUGAACAACAACACUGUCCAGGUUUUGGAGCAAAAUCUUGUUGUUUUUUGACAUCUAGGAUUAAUAAUGUUUCUGAGAAGAUUAUGUCUGGAUGGUACAUUGUCUUUCUGCUUCUGGAAACAAGAUGCUGAUACUGCAACAACAGGAUGUGAAUACAAGUUCUAGUCAACAAUGUUUUAGUCUUUUAAAAUGGUAUCAGCAGGGUUCUGGUUUUUACCUGUUGCUUCUUUACCUUACCACCACCUUCACCUCCUCGCACAAUAAUGGAACAGGUUAUAGUUGCCCAGGCCGCUAUUUUAAGCCCUUUGGCAAGAAUCACAGCUGUAACGAGGUCGGUACAACAGGAGUCUGGCAGUGGACGUGGUGAACUGACAGCAGAACCAUUUGGCAUGGUGUUUCUCUACAGAUACUUUAACACAUUUCCACCCAAACACACUAUUUAACUUCUGUUUGAACUCUUAGUUAAGGUAAAAUCUCAUACAAACACAUUGUCAUUUACAAAGCAUGAAUUAGAUCAACAUGCAAAACAAACUUAAGCCAACUUUCCAACUAAAAGGAUGUUUUAUGUUAACAGUAUGUUUGACUGAGAUCCCAGCUCUAGAGCCUCUGAGUUGAGUUGGUCCUUAGAGUGUAGCGCGUCAUUCCCAAUUGCUAACUGGAAAAGGUUAGUAAAACAAUAAUAACUUUGCAACAGUCUCAUUCACCAGUUGAAAGCAUUGAUGCAAACCACUGAUCAGUAGCAGCUCUGUGUUCUUCACAAAUCAUAAUCAGCUUAGUGCAAGUAUACAAAGAAUAUAUACCUAUCCUCAAAAUCACUACUUCAUGUCAUGACCAGUUCAAGAUGGUGCUGCCUGUUUCUAUUUUUUUCACCUUCACAUUUCUGCAGUGUGUGUCUGUGAAAGAAUUACAUGUUAGUGCAGCUGAUUUACUGCUUUCGUACAAACAAAUUUAAAACUUCCUAUAAACUACUUAAAUGAAAAACUGAAUGAUGGCAUUCUGCGAGUCAGAGUUGUUUUCAAAUGGUGUAAAUAUGUUAUCCAGAAAUAGGCUAUAAAUGGGUAAAAACAUUUAUGGGGCAUGCAGGAAUAUAUUUAGUGUACAAAACGGUGUCAUAGUUGGUAGUGAGAAGCUGAGGUAAAAGGAAAGAAGAGGCAGUCUGGCUUUACUCUAACUAACCAAACCCGCUGACACUGAGUGCAGUCUCUCUGUCACACAGUGCUCCAUGCAGUCACUUUGCCUCAUUGUCAGGGUUUAUGAAGUGUGUCUUUAAUCUUUUGGGUGGACCUGCUUCUCCUAUGAAAGGCAUUACAUUUCUACCACUUGAUUUUCUCUGGCAUUGAGGAUCUAUAUGUCUCCAUCAUUCCUAACUAACACACACACAACCUGUGGAAAAUCAUGUUCUAUGUCUUACAACUUAAACCCAGUGGUUUAGUUUUUUUAGUGUGUGUCACAUUAUGUUCAUUUUAAUUUUGAGCAGACCAUUUGUUUUUGAAUUUUAAUGUUUGCUCAGUCGCUUGUAAAGUGCGAAAUGCAGUUUGGCAAAGACUGAGGGUAUCUUCUCUGUCUAUGAGUUCUAUUGGGGGGAUUUUACAAUGUGUGGUUUUUGGAAGCCUUUUUAACAAUAUAUCUAUAAUUGACUCAAAAGUUAAAUAUGUAUUUUUACCGACAACCACCCCAUGUUUUUGGCCCUAACAUACUGCACACAGUAUGAUACAUUCUAGCUUUCUUGUUUUUUUUAUUCACUUAAAAGCGCUUCACCUGUUAACUUUAUCCUUGCAACAUUGCAAAUAAAUCUUAGUUAUUGACUUGAA